AUGUGGUCUGAUAAAGAUGACCCAUUGGAGACUUUGGAUAAAGAUGAACCAGAGAAUGAAGCCCCCACUGAUCGACCAUCCUGGGCCUAUAAAAUUGAGUACCUCCUGGCCCAGAUGGGCUUCUCUGUGGGGCUGAGCUCCGUCUGGUGCUUUCCUUUUCUGUGUUACCACUAUGGAGGUACCUUUCUUGUCACCUACAUUGUCAUGCUCUUCUUGCUUGGGAUCCCUCUCCUCUUGCUGGAGAUGGCAGCUGGUCAGAGACUUCGUCAGGGUAGCAUUGGUGUAUGGAAAGUCAUCAGCCCCUGGAUUGGUGGUGUGGGUUAUGCCAGCUUUACAACAUGUGUCAUCGUGGGCAUGUACUACAGUACCAUCAUGUCCUGGAGCUGCUUCUAUCUCCUUCAGUCUUUCCAGUCUCCACUGCCUUGGACCGUGUGCCCUCCACUGGAGAAUUCCAAUGUUUCUAAUGAGAAGGAAGGAAGAAAAGGGGAGUUCACUCCAGAUCCUGAAUGUGAACGUGCAACAUCUACUACAUACUUCCGGUACCAGAAAGUAUUGAAGGCCACCAAAGAAAUUGAGAAAGGUGGGCUACCAGUCAUUCAUCUCAGUCUGUCUCUCUUUAUGACCUGGUUAAUUAUAUGCAUCUCCAUGAUCUGCGGGCUCAAAUCCACUGGGAAGAUACUGUACGUCUCAGUACUCCUUCCCUGCUUCAUCCUUGUAUGUCUCCUUUUCCAGAGUCUUCAGUUGGAAGGUGCAUAUUCUGGCCUCAAGUAUUUAUGGGAUGCCAAGGUGUCAACUCUGUUCUCUGUGGAUUUCUGGCACUGGACAGGGAACCAGAUCUUUUAUGCCUUGAACCUAAGCUUUGGCAGCUUCACUGCAAUCAGCUUAUACAACUGUGUCAAUGACGCCUUUGCUGUGGCUCUUCUCAACUUGGUCGCCUCAGUGACGGCCACACUGGUUAUAUUUUGCAUAAUUGGCCAUUUGGUCAUAACGGAGAUGAAAAUAUGUCACAAGAAUAAUGCUAAUAAACUUGUGUACUUGGUGUCUGUGGGGAAGCUACCUCCUGAGGCCACGCCCCCAAAUAGUGUGUAUCAAGAGCCAACCGUCAUCUACACCAGCUGGUUCAACGGACACCAUAAAAAUGUCCAAACUAUGAUCACAGAAAACCUGCCCUUAUGUGGUUUAGCUGAGCAAUUCGAUAAUGUUAUGAAUGGCCCAGGUGUGCCUUUCAUGGCACUCACCAACCUCAUCUCUGAUUAUGGGAGCCGCACCUUCUGGACCAUCCUCAUCUUCCUGUUACUGAUGAAUAUUGGGCUGAGCACCAUGGUAGGGGUCCUACAGGGCAUCAUGACCCCACUUCAGGACACCAUCUCUUCCUUCAGGAAACAUCCAAAGCUGUUCACAGUGGGAGUCUGUAUGUUUAUGUUCCUGGGCGGCCUUGUGUUUACAAGACCCUGGGGCAGCUACUAUGUGAACCUGCUGGAUGAUUACUGGGCAUUUCUGCCCCUCUUCUUCAUUGUCAUCUUGGAGGAUGUGGCCAUGGCCUGGAUCUAUGGGGCCAGAAGAUUCCUGGCAGAUCUGAUAACCAUGCUGGGCCACCCCAUCUCUUCCAUCUAUCAUUGGCUGUGGUGCUAUGUGUCUCCAGUUGUGCUGACAAUCCUGUCUGUGACCUCCUUCAUUAAUCUGUGUCUGAAGACACCAAUUUACUUGGCCUGGAAUGUAAGCCUUGUGAGCAAUCUUCCCCAAGCCUCAGGACCACUUAGGGAGAUUGGUGGACCUGGCGUCAUGGAGUCCUUAGAGGAAAUGUCUGAGCUCUCAGAGGAAGACCUCUUCAGAAAUUCCAAACCUUCCAAUCUUAAGGAGAUUCGGACUGCCAAGAUCCGAAGCUCCUUUGCUCAGACAAAAAACACUGAGAACAUCUUGACCCUGGUUGCCUUCUCUAUGGGGCUAGGCAGCAUCUGGCGCUUCCCUUACAUUUGUCAUCAGAACGGAGGAGGCAGCUUUAUCCUGACGUACGUCUUCAUACUUCUACUGAUCGGAACUCCCCUUUUGUACAUGGAGAUGAUCUUGGGGCAAUGGCUGCGCAUGAACAACGCCCGGGUCUGGAAGCAGCUCGUUCCCUGGCUGGGCGGCAUGGGCUACGCUAGCAUGCUGGUCCACUGUAUCCACCCGCAGGUGUGCUUCUUGAUGAGCUUGUAUAACAGCACCAUCAUCUCCUGGUGCCUCUCUUACCUGGCCCACUCCUUCAGUCACCCCCUGCCUUGGAACCAGUGCCCACUGGUGAAGAACUCCAAUGGAACUGACUUCUCCUGCCUUCACACUGUGCCCCACCAGUACUUCUGGUACCACACUAUCCUGAAUGCAUCAAGCAACAUUGAGGAAGGCAUUGAGGUCCUCGUCCUGAACCUCACCCUGGGCAUCCUCACAGCCUGGUUCCUCCUCUUCUUAAUCAUGAUCACAGAGCUAAAGAUUUCCAUGCCGAUGCUGAUUUUAUAUGUAUUCCUCCCCUACAUCAUCAUCGUCUGCCUCCUCAUCCGAGGUCUCUUCCUAGAAGGUGCAAGUGUCAGCCUCAAACGUGUGGUGACCACAGAGCUGUCUGCCUUGGCCUCGCUGGACCUAUGGCGUCAGGCAGGAGGCCAUGUGCUCUAUUCCCUGAGUUUGGGCACGGGGACUGUCAUCACCUUCUCCUACAAGGUUCAAGGCAGCGUCCAAAAUUAUGCCAAGGUGGCCUCCAUUGUAGCCCUGGUCAACCUGUUGACCUCACUGCUGUCUACAAUCAUCAUCUUUCUUGUGCUGGGGUUCUGGGCCACCACCAGUGGUCCCGCCUGUGUUGAGAAGAGCAUCUCCAACCUAAUGGAUCUGACAGCUAAAGGGGUCCUGCCUCAGGAAGCCACACCCCCAGAAAAAAUCCUGCUCCUGCAAAGUAUGGACUACCUAGAUUGGGUCAGCAAACUCCCCAGACGCCUUCAGUACAGGAUCAUCCACUUCACUGCUUCCUGCAGCAUCAAGAUACAAAAGGAAAAGCUUAUCCCGUCACCUGGGCUCACUUUGACCCCUUUCCCAACCCUACACAUGAACUUCAAUGUGGCCAACCCUUCCUCUACCUUAGUGGUCAUCUGCCUGGGAGGUCUUCUGGGCAGUCUGGUCUUCGCCAGUCGCCCUGGAAGCUAUAUCAUGUCUUUGUUUGAUGAACACCUGGUCCCACUGAUCCUUGUCAUCAUUGUGACCUUCCAGAAUGUGUCCCUGGCCUGGAUCUAUGGAGCCAGAAGGUUCCGAGAAGAACUGUUUCUUAAGCUGGGCCGCCUGGUGUGGUCCAUGUUCACUUUCCUGUGGUGCUACGUGACCUUGCCAGGACUGCUGGUCCUUCUCACCAUCUACUUCAUACAACUCUACCAGAAGGGACACCGCCCCCACUACAUUGCCUGGAAUGCCAGCGGAAGCUAUGAGGUCAAAGAGCCCUACUUGCCAAGCUCCCUGAACUGGCUCACCUUCCUUCUCAUCUUCAGCUUCCUCCCAAUCUCAGUCUUCCCACUCCACCACUGGUUGAAUCUCAAGGACUCCACUUCCUCUGAUCCCACUGAAACAACACUGCCCGUCAAAAAGAUGGUCCCAAAAUGCUUGUCAUGGCAGAUGCAGGCCUUGAGGCUUUCCCAGGACAUGGCCAGCAAGGACUCAAUACUGGAGCUGGACCCGAGUUCCUUAUGGAAGUUCAGCUUGCCCUCCCCAAGGAGCAGUCUGAGCUCUUCCUGGUUCAGUCUGCCUAAAGUUAACUCUUUGCUGUCCACAAGAAGUUUCAGCCUAACCCAGUUGAGGAAAGUUACUCCGUCCAGCACGAUGGUGGACAACAGUGACCUACAUGAGGAGGACAUGGAAGGAGAUCUGCACAAAAAUGCUGCUCAGUAA